UCAGGGGGUCCAAAGUUAUGGACUUUCAAAGGUGUAGCCCCCAUCUCCUAUUAGCUCGCAUUGGAAACAAGACUUUUGCAGUGAGCAUCACAUCUGCAAGCUCUCACUCAGCACAAUUAUUUAGGAUAAUUUGACUACUGACAGCCACCUGUUGACGGGGCUGGGGCUGGUGGUCUCCCAGCAGGAGUUCCGGCUGAUGGGGCUGUGCCAGCCGGAGAUGGAGAACUGGCAGUACCACAUCCAGGGCAGCCGGGUGAUGGCGCCAAUGCAGGGCAACCAGCUCAACCAGCUGGAGGGCAACCGGCUCAACCAGUUGGUAUUCCUGUGCAACCGAUACCAUUGGGGAUACCGGCCCCACCAGUUCGGCCUUCUGUAUUUCCUGCCCCACCAGCUCCACCACUGUUUCCAGCUCCGCCACCACCAUUUCCAUUCCAGCCACCUUAAGGGUAUCCUAUGAUGCCUCCUAUGGGGUACCUACAGUUUCCUCAGCGCGCCCCCCCCCCCGUUUUAGACUGACAACAUGUUACGAUGGCUCACAGAAAAAGCUGCCUGUGUUUCUAGUGCAAGUCAGCACCCAUAUGCAGCAAUGUGACCGUCAAUGCCAGAAUGUCCUGAAACAGGUGUAUGAGGUAGGAUCCGCUCUGGACGAUAUAGCAGCGGAGUGGUAUGUACAACUUUUCCAGAGAGGGGCUUCUGAACUUCGUGACUUUUAGGAAUUUAUGAUGACCCUGCGAUGUCGGUUUGAAAGCCCGUUCGUUGGGGAAGAGGCAAAAAAGGAACUGAUGAUGAUGCGCCAAGGGACUAUGCCUUUUGUGGAAUUUGUGGAAAAUUUCCAUACAGUGUCUAGUAAAAUCCCUGACUGGAAUGACCCAGUUAAAGUGUUUGCAUUUAAACAAGCUUUGCAUCCUGAGUUGCUGCGGUGGUCACUUCAACAAGAUAGUCCCCAGACCUUAAUGGAGUGGAUCAUGCUGGCUGGCAUGUCUGAUGCACGGAUGCAUGAAGCGAAAUCCCAUACGGGCAACUUAGCCCCUCAUAAACCUGGGCCUCAGAAGAAACCUCCCCUCCGUCAAAAACUGUCCAAAUCUGAAAAUGCAUGUCGCAGGUGCCUGGGAUUGUCUCUUUACUUCGGAGAACCCGGCCACAUGGCGGCUGGCUGCCAUGCGAAACAACCACAGAAAGCCCCUGUCCCAAGAGGCGCGCCAGCUGCCAAAGGUUAUGAUGGCUACCUUUUCCAAAAAAAGGUACAGCACAUCUUGCGCUUCCCACUGACUUGGAUUAUAACUCGUCCGAUGACAAUAGUAAGGGCUACGCGAAGACUUUGGACACCACUUAGGAUAUUUCAGAAAGGUUUGCUCAAGAAAGCACCGCUACUGGAUUCGUGGCAUCCAGAGUCUACUUCAACUCCACCAACUCUGAUUAAUGGAGAGCAGCAUUAUGAAAUUUCUGCUAUACAUGACUCUCGCAUUUAUUGUAACUGCUUGCAAUAUUUGGUUUCCUGGGAAGGCUGGUUACCUGGACAUAAUGAAUGGGUGGACGCUAUUCACAUCAGAGCUCCCAAGCUCAUUUGGGACUUCCAUCAUUCCUGUACAAGCUGGGGGAGGGCCCUAGAAGAAGCAGGAUGUCAGGAUGCCUAAGGGGGACUGGGGCCACUUGCAGCUUUGAGGCUGGGGGGGCGGGGGGAAGGGAUUUUAGCUGAAUAUUAUGUAGUGUGUUUCUGCUCAAUUUCACCAGCAGGUGAUGGCCAAGGCCGACUCUAACGGACUUGCGUUUUUAUCUCACUGUCUGCAUAUUUCUGCCUUGGUUCACAUCAGGGGGGUACACCCUCACUGAUAUUACUGACUAUUUGUGUGGGGAAAAGUCAGUUCUGGCUUUUCCACGCUGUUCUCAAGUUGCUGAAUAAACUACUGUUUUAACAAGA